UAUUUUGUAUAGAUAAGAGAUUACCACAUGAGGUGCAGGUAGACUCAUCAAAGUCAUGCAGUUGCACUCAGCGAAAACGCGCCUCAUCUGGAACAAAGACAUCCAGAGCAGAGAAACAAACGCCCGAAAAGCCGCCUGUACAUCCAAAUAACUGCAAAAUAUCCGCAGUCGCUCAAUUAAGACGCAACUAGGGGUUCGGAGGGCAGCUCGUUGUCACCAGAAUGCGGAUCACGGGGAACAGCGUCUUCCGAUUGUUACUGGUCCGAGGUGGCAGGGCUGGUGUGCAUGACACUAGACUGAUAACUACGUUCGUUCAGAGGAGGAAAACCAAGUUAUUUGAAGUACACAGCGGAGCUUUACAGAGCACCCACAUCUGUAAAUGCGCGAAAGGACCCGACCUGUCCAAGUCGCACCUCCUUCACAGGGGCCGUGCCGGAUCUUGGAAAAGGCGAACACCCGACCGGUGGUGCCUUCCGGCCGAAGGCCGUGAUAAGAUGCCGGCGGCACGUUCGAGCUUCGCUCUUCCUAGAUUCUAGCCGCACCAGAGAAGGCAGGAGGGAGCAGGAAGGUUGCUCUUCCCGUGCCAAGGCGCAGCUCGUGUACCCCGAUGGGAUGCAGGAUAUACAAGCAUGUUCGAAAACGGACACGAGGAUGCCACUUUUGGACUUGCUCUGCCUGGUUAUCGGCUCAUCGGUCCACCGGGCCUUGCGGCCGUUUGCUUGCCGGUUCUGUUGUGCCCGGAAUCCCGCGGAAUGGUUGUGCAGUGGGUGUUUCUGGAGAGGAUCGACGACUUCGGAUGCCGCGUAGAUAGGAAGCUCGGGAGCCAGGGGAUCGGCAGCAAGAGGUUGAGACCAUCUCUGCACCCUUUUACGGCGAGUAAAAAUCAAUCUACCAGAUCUCUGUUACACCUGGCCUUAUUUGUGGUGGUCACCGUUCACGUUCCACGGGUGAUUCG